CUGCAGUUCCAGAUAAUUUAUCACGAUUUUGCUGUUCUUUUGACAGUUUCCUUUAACGAAUUGCUUGUUUAAGUUCUAUUGAAAGAAACGUACGAUCUAAAGACGCUAUAGUAAUUUAUCGUUGAACGAAAUUGUAGUUUUGUUGGACGAAAAAAUCACUUUCUUUAUAGUCAGUAAGUGUUUGUGUUUUGUGCCUUGUUGUGUGAGCUUCGUGUAGACUGUGUUUUGGAUUUUUAUAUAAACGUUUCUCCUGGUUGUGAUUUCUCGGCUCCGCAUCGUUUAAUAUGUCGAUUGAAUGCAGAAACUCAAUUUUCUUUCCAAGACCACUUACUCAACUGGUUAAACGUGAUUUUCAACUUGAUAACCCGUCCUCGGUACCUAUUGGCUUCAAAGUCAAGACAACGGCUCCUAAACAGUAUUGUGUGCGUCCCAAUGGUGGCAGAAUUGAGCCUAAUUCGUCUACGACGAUUCAAGUAAUCUUGCAACCUUUGGAUCACGAGCCAGCACCAAAUACCAAGUGCCGUGAUAAAUUUCUUGUUCAAAGCGCAGAACUUAGACCCGAACUCGAAGGGAUUGAUACUACUGAAAUUUGGAGUCAAGUAAGAAAAGAAGACGUUCAUGAGCGUAAGAUCCGUUGUGUUUUUGGAGAUCCUUCUGAAGAAGAAACUUCUCAGCACAAUCGUCACAAAAAUUCUAUAUCAAGCACUACAAGCAACGCCGCUUUCGCUUCUCAGGCUCCCAAUGCUGCUUAUGGCAGACAAGGCCAGCCUUCUGCAAAUGCCGCUUCCCCUACCCUCACGCAGCCUCCUCAAAUGCCCCGGUCCUCUGUUGAUGCUCCAGCUACCCCUAGGGUAGCUGGAAAGGCGGCUCCACCUAUUUCUACGGAUGACCCUGUUGCCACGGCUCCCAACGUAACGUUUCCUAGCCCUUCUGCUCCUACAUCCAAUCCGAUUAAUCCUCGGUUCCAAUCGGCUGCAGCUACUUCUCCUGCAGCUACUUCUCCUCCUGAACCAAAAUCAACUCAUUUUGGAACAUCCAACACCACCCCUUUACCAGCUACAAAAUCUACGUCCACUUUUGGUCGACCUACCAGCGGUGCCAAAGUUGUACCUCAAAUUCACAAUACUGUCACUGUACAAACUGCGGUUUUAUUAGCCGUUAUUUGCUUCUUAAUAGGCCUUCUAUUCUAAUUUAGAUAUAUUGAUGCAUGUUCAACCAUCCAAUACCGCUUUCGUUUCCCAUGUUUAUACCAUUCGUUGCCCCAUAAUAAUGUAAGUGAUUUUGUGGUGCCUGUAUUUGUUGAAUAGCAACGUUUCUAUUUUGUAAAAUUGGCUCGUUUUCUCGUAAUUCCUUUAAAUAUAC